GCCAAGUAGAGCGAGGAAAGAAAGAAAGAUCGUGAUGAAGCAGCAUCAGAAGGUGACUGUAGUGCUAUGCUUGACAUGGGUGAUCACUCUUCUCUAUGGCGAGAUGUUUGCAUUUUGGCUUCCCUUUCUCUUCUCUUGUUCUUGGCCACAACUACAACCACAUCCAUCCUCUUCUUCUACUAAUUCUUCGAUUCGGAUAAAUUCAACUGGUGAUUUUGUUAAAGUCGCUGUUCUUGCAGAUCCACAGCUCAUGGAUAAAACCUCCCUUCAUCUGCCUCCAAGAUCAAUUGCUCUGGAAUUGGCACAGUUCUACACUGAUCUGUAUAUGCGCAGAGCCUUCUUUGCCUUUGUCCUACCUUUCAAGCCUGAUGUCAUUUUGUUUUUGGGCGAUUAUUUUGACGGGGGUCCUUAUUUGUCAGAUGAAGAAUGGCAGGAAUCUUUGAGCCGCUUUAAACAUAUCUUCGGUUUCAAAAAUCAAGCAAGAUAUAAGGACAUCCCAGUUUACUAUCUUUCAGGAAAUCAUGAUAUUGGUUAUUCAAGUCUUCACUCUGAUAAACCAGAGGUUAUAAGGCGCUAUGAAAACAUAUUUGGGAAGAGAAACUUCCGAUUUACAGUUGGAAAAAUUGAGUUCAUUUCUGUUGAUGCCCAAACUCUAGAUGGACAUCCAGAAGGACAGCUGACCUCUGAAACGUGGGAUUUUGUGAAAAAUGUAUCUGUAGAUGUUCAAUUGCAUCCUAGGGUUUUAUUGACACAUAUUCCAUUGUACCGGAGGGAUUGGACUCCUUGUGGCCCUCAUCGUAAUUCCCCUGUCAUCAAUCAGCGGAUCUUGCAUACUGUUCCUGGUCAACAAAUACUGUACCAAAAUUAUAUCACGGAGGAAUCAUCAAGCCACUUACUGGACUUGAUCAAACCUGUGCUUGUUUUAUCUGGGCAUGAUCAUGACCAGUGUACAGUUAUCCAUAAAGCAAAAUUUGGACCAAUAAAGGAGCACACUGUAGGGACCAUAAGUUGGCAGCAGGGAAAUUUGUAUCCAUCUUUUAUGCUAUUAUCUGCUAGCAAUGCAGCUCUUUUAAGCACAAGCAGUCCGGAAGAAGCAGUGUCUACUCAUCUCUGUUUUCUUCCAAUGCAAACACACAUUUAUAUAUGGUAUCUAUCACUAUUUAUUCUGACCCUUCUUACACUCCUUGUUUGGCCAACUAGUGGCCUGGCUUUUGGGCUCCACUAUAGUGAUUUAGUGGAGUAUAGCAAAAAACUGUUAAGUAGCAACAUUUUUAAAGGUGGGACUAAAGAGAAAAAUGAAGAUGAGCAUUGUGAGUACGAAAUGAUUUGGGAUGCAGAAGGAUCAAUGCAUCUUGUAAAGAAACCCAUAAGUACCCCAAUUUCACAGUCAAGUAACAGAGGGUCAAUAGAAAGAGGCAAUGCUGUAAUGCGACCUACAGCCCGAAAAAUCGUUCCUCAAGAGAUAGAGAUAUGUAUGAACAUGGACAUGAGUGUUGGUGGUGAUCCUCCAACAAAAUUGCCUCCUAAAACAAGUAAAUCGAAGAUGAAUUUCAUAAUCAGCAGAUUAGUUCGCACAUUCCGAAUGGUUACAUUCAUUGCUGCAGUUAAUAUUUCUCUCUACAUGAUGUUGCUGUUCAAGGAUUGGAUUCAUCUAUGAUAAUAGAAGUGAAGAUGGGAAAUUGAUUAUGCCCAAUUGGCUUCCGGCAUUCAACAAGAAUUCAAUUGAAAUCAUCCCAACAUUAACUCCCUAUGCUGAAAUUGAAGAUUGUAAGUCUUAUCACUGUGGUCCAAUGUUUUCUCCUACCAAUAUGAUGAUAUCUGUAUUUUGGAUUCAGUUUGACAGCUACAGAUGUGAUGUAGACUAUCUUUGUACCAUUUAUAAGUCAGAACAGCUAGGCUAUUCAAAGAGUUUGUUUAUGUUCAGUGUAUGUGUAUGAUUAUGUGAUAAGAAAGGUAAUAUCUUCACAUAGGAAGACAAAUUAUCUUCACAUCACUAUUCACUGUAAGAUUCAACUUAGAGAUGUUAUGGUCAAGUAAUUUAUUUAUUUAUUUA